CAGCAGCUCAGAUCCAGCAGUUGCAGGACUGUUUUUAUCCAGAGAAGAAGAAACUAAACCCAAACUUCCUGAGCUGUUUGAAAGGUGUCACAUUUUAUCUGAUUUUUGUUACCUCCAGGGAAAUUUUAAAGAAGAAUGCCUUUCCAUUUCUGUCCCCAGUGUGGGACAAAGCUGCAGCCUGGUUUUAGAUUUUGUCCAACAUGUGGGGAGAAACUUCCCUCUGCUCCUGAUGAAUGUGGACCUACAAGCUCUACUGCUUCUAUAAGUCUCUCUCCACCCUUAAGGACAAAAGCAAUAAAAUCUAUAGUUAAGACAAACCGUGCUUCAAGCCCCAGUAAUGAGCCCAGGGAAAGUAUAACUUUAUCUCCAGCUUUAACUCGUCCCGCACUACAAAAAACCCGUAACUCCCUUCGCCUGGACAGGCAAAUUAAACUCAGCAACAAGGAUGCAGCUUCAUCUGUGGUGGCUUCCACUUCUCCUGUCAGAGAUGACAAGACUGAAGAUAAUGGUGUCGGGUGUCAGGUUUCUCCACUCAGGCAGCCCACAGUCACUUUCAAACUUGACGCAGAGCUGGUGCCAGAUUUGCGUUCUUCAUCAUCUCCUCCUGGAAAAUCCCCUCGAUCUGUCAGAGGAAAGUCCAAACUGUCCAGCCCAGCUGUGAAGCAGGCAGUUAAAGCAAGCAGAACAGCAGAGACUUCAACAGUAGACGGCUCUUCCGUCGCUUCUCCUCCUUCCUUUACGAUCUCAAGGUCUCCUUUAAAAGGAAGAGGUAAAGCCAAGAAGGCAAAGCAUGCGCCCACUGUGGAGCCGCUGCAGGAAGGUGAGGAGGUGACGGACACAACGGGCCAGAAGUGGAAACUGAUGAAGCUGCAGAGUCAGAGUAUGACAGAGCUCAUCUAUGAAGUUUCUCGGCCUAAUUCCAAGGAAUCAAAUCACAUCCUGAAACUGGCUGCGAAAGACGGAAAAAUCUUCAAUGAGCAGAACUUCUUGCAGAGAGCUGCUAAACCUGCAUCUGUGGAGAAGUGGAUCAGACAAAACAAGAUGGACUUUUUAGGGAUUCCUUCCUGUGUCGGCUUUGGUCUUCAUGCAGAUUCAUACAGGUUUCUGAUUUUCCCCAGCAUGGGCCAGUCUCUGCACUCUGUCACCGAGCAAGAAAACGAGCUUCUGUCUGAGAAAGUUGUUCUUCAGCUCGCCUGUAGAAUAUUAGACGUGCUGCAGUAUAUCCAUUCAAACGAGUACGUUCAUGCUGAUAUUAGCGCAGAGAACAUCUACAUAACACAAGGACAGAAAUCACAGGUCUACCUGGUAGGAUACUGUCAUGCCUUCAGGUACUGUCCAGGAGGUCAGCAUGUGGAGUACCGUGAAGCCAGCAGGACGCCACACGAGGGCACCGUAGAGUUCAUCAGCCUGGACGCUCAUAAAGGAGCAGCUCCGUCUCGCCGCAGUGACUUGCAGUCUCUGGGUUACUGUAUGCUGCACUGGCACACAGGGACGCUGCCGUGGACUGAACUCACUCAGCCCGACCAGGUGGCUACCGAGAAACACAGGUACAUGGAGGACGUUGAAGCUCUGUUGAGCCACUGUUUUGGGAAGAAGAAAGUUUCCAGUGCGUUUCAUACCUACCUGACUGCAGUGAUGACUCUGCAGUACUCUGAGCAGCCCGACUACUCAGCGCUGAAGACUGGACUCAGUGAUGCUUUACUGAAGCUGGGGGGAUCCAUGGAGCAGCCGCUAAGCAUUUAGAGGAGCUCAAACUAAGGAAGACAACUGGAGGAUUUUUAUCAAUGUGUUUCCAUCAUGCUGUUUUAUCUGAGGUUUUAUUGCACUGAAAGCUGAGCCACUCUUCAAUACGUUGGUUUUGGGUGGAUUUUCAUUUCAAGUGUUCAUGGUGUUUUUUGGGUAAAUAGCACUGUCGGUUUUAGGCUCACAAGAGCAAUGGGAAUUGGAUGCAAGUUCUUAUUCUGAUGCACAGAUUUUGGGUGAUAUUUACACUUUGGUAGUUAAAUGUCUUUGAGGAUUUGUGUGAUUUUAGAUAUUUUGUUCCACAUCUUACUAAUGCUGAAUACUGCUUUAAGAUGAGCUAAUGUAUAGAUGAACACAAAGGAAACAAAUAUAUGUCUAAUCCAAAACAGCGCCUUUGUGUUCUUUGACAUUCAGUUUUUAACUCUAUAAGCUAAAGAGUGCCAAAAACACAACAGAAGUACUUGUUUAUGCUCUUUAAAAUACAUUUCUUCUUCAGGAAAAACUGGCCGUUCUUCAUGCUGUUGUGACAUUUACUGUUUAAAAAAAAAAAAGACACUCAUGCGGAUUCAUUCAACACAACUGACGUGUUAAUUUUAAAGAAACCUUUAUAAAGUUUAAACAUUUCUGAACAUAAACAUUUGAAGACAUAUACAAUUCUUUAUAUGAAACAGUAAAUAUCUCUUAUUGUGCACACUCAAAGUAAUUCCGAAAAUAAACACUGUCAUCUUUUGCCUGA